CAAGAUGGCUGCGCCCGACAAGAAGUAUGGAUUGUUUGUUCCUAGAACAGUAAAAAACUCUGACAAACCUGUUGUGGCCAAUGUGUUUGGGGAUGAUGACGAUGACGACAACAGAAAUGAGGCAGAUACCCAGAAAGGAAUAACAUCAAAGUAUGGAGUCACCUCUAACAGUUGUAAAGUGAUCAAGAAACAGACUCAGUUAAACAUUGACAAGGCCUUGGCUGAGGACCCGAGUGUGUUUGAAUACGAUAAUGUCUACGAUGAGAUGGUCAGCAAGAAGGAGGAGAAAAAACGACAAUCAAAGAAAAUCGGUGAUAACAAGCCCCGUUACAUUGAGCAAUUGCUGAAGGCAAGUGAGAAAAGAAAGAUGGAGGAUGAACGUCGUGCAGAGAGAAAGAUCCAGAAGGAACGGGAGGCAGAGGGGGAUGAGUAUGCCGACAAGGAGGUGUUUGUAACGUCCACGUACAAGAAAAAGAUGGAGGAAAGACAAGAGGAAGAGGAGCGUGAGAAGAGAGAGGCUGAGCUAGAAGCCUUACGAGAUGUAACCAAGCAGCAGGAUCUGUCUGGCUUCUACAGAUAUAUUCUGGACGAGACCACGAAUGAGCCAAUCAAGAAAGAAGAGGAAGUUAAAGUUAAAAAGGAGCCAGAAUCAUCAGACUCUGAUUCAGACAGCCCGAAGCCAUCUACAACUGUCAGAAAAAAGCAAGCCUCAUCUUCAGAAAGUGGCUCUGAUAGUGAUUCGGAGCCUUCAUCAAGGUCAAAGCCACAACCCCCAUCCACUAAGGACAUUCUCACAUUCAAAUCCUCCACUAAAUCCACAAGAAAAUACAGACAGCGAGAAAGUAGUAGUGAGAGUGACACAGACACUAGAAAAAAGAACUCUAAGAGACCACGCUCAAGGUCACCUAAAAGGAGAUCAAAAUCACCAAGGAGACAAAGAUCACGAUCUCCUAGGAGACAAAGGUCACGAUCACCUAAAAGGCAAAGGUCACGAUCUCCUAAAAGACAACAAAGAUCACGAUCUCCUAAGAGACCAAGGUCACGAUCUCCAAGGCGACAAAGGUCAAGGUCAUCAAGGAGUAGGUCCAGGAAUAGGAGACCUAUCAGGGACAGGGAGUCAGACUUAAGGUUAAUGGAUAGAGACAGACGAAGGUCAAGGUCACAAGAUAAGGAUUCUGCAAAGAGGAAAGAAAGGUCAAGGUCAGAUAGAAAAGGAAGGUCAAGGUCCAAAGAUCGACAGCACAAUAGAGUUGAAAGGUCAAGGUCUAGAGAUAGACACAAUGGUAAAGGAAAAGAUAAGAAAAAGAAUAAAGAUAUCGUUUCCGGAUCAUCUCCCAUGAAAAGUAAUUCAGGAAAUAAACCUCACACUGAGAAACCUAGAAAACCGGACAGUAAGAUCGAUAACAAACGUGACUCGAGUGAAAAAGAAAAUCAAGAUAUGAAGAAAUCGAAGUGGGCACGAAAAACUACAGAUGAUGAGAUCAAGGCAGCCAGAACCAGAUAUCUGAACAGGAAAUUGGCUAGGGAAGGGGCUGGCCCCAUGAUUACUACAGAUAAUUAAUACACUUUAGAUCUGUAUUAUAAAUGACGUCGCCAUCAUUAUGUGUUUAUUGGACAUUUUCUGAAAUGUGUCCAACUGAUCUGUCAUACUCAUGUUUCAAGUUAAAAAUGUUUUAAUCGUUUAAAUGCAAUUGAGGAAGGUGUUGAGUUAUUUUCAAUUUUUAGUGUAAUAACUGUUGAUUUGAUGUCAUAUAGAGGGUUAUUGUUAAAAUGUUUCAGUGUAAGAUCAUAAUAUAUUUCACCGAGUUAUGUCAAUCUUGAAAUAUCAACUAACACUUUUGGUGUUCACAAGGUGAAAUAUUUAACGAUUGUACACUGAAACAAACAAUAUUUCCCUUUAUUAUAGGCCUAAAAAUGAUAUAAAAUGAAUAGGCAGAUUGUUCAGAACCUGAACUUGAUGGAUACACUGUUGAUCUGCUGAAUUUUCUAACAAAAAAUAAAUAAAUCAACAAAUUAGUAUCAAUAAAUUAAUUUAGAUAAAAAGUACUAUCGUGGAAAGUAAUUAAUGUUGUUUACUAAAAUCGAUAAAAAAUCGCCAAUGCUCGUUUUUAUUGAUUUUCGAAGCUUUUGUAAAUUCCGUAUUGAGUGACCUCAAAGGUGUCUAUUUCUCCCACCCCAGAUAAAUAGAUCCAAAUAUCUGGCCUUGCUGGAAAUCCUCAUCUGGUCUACGGGAAAUGAUGCAAAUAGUACCCGUAUGUUUUAAAUAAAUUAAAAUUCAUAUUUAAUAUAUUUUGUUUACAUGGAUGGGAGAAAAAGCAUUUACCAUGGCCGCUGUGUGGGAUAGGUGCAUCCCAACCAUCACCAUAGGGUGUUCUUGGAAUAUCAGUCCUACACGAGCGGUCAUGAAAGAUACUUAUAAUCUUAAUCAGAGAUCCUGGUUUUGUGUUAUAUGUUAUGUGAAAUUUGAUUUAAAGUCUUGUUUUUGCUUACAAAAGCGUUUUUUGUCAUGCAAACUUAUUUAAACAGAAAUGAUUUUAUUUUUCGGGCAUUGAUAAUGUUGAAUUUGAGAUGUAGAAAAUAGACAGUGCUUAAUAAACUGUGACAUUAAUAUUACUUUCGUAGAAAUAUUAUUUGUGUUUUUUACCCAUUUGCUACAUUUACUGUAUAACCAAGGUUUAAUAAGGUGAUACAAAUAGUUGUUCAUUCAAAUGAUGAAAUGAGAUGAACCCAACCUUACUUCACAUAGGAAACUAUGAUUGGGCUGAAAGCAAAAGUUAUACAAAUCACAUGAAAAUCUAUCUUGAUUUGAUUUUUCCGAUUUAUUCGGGUCUCUGUUUUAAAUAAAAUUAUGUGUCCCCCAUAAAUGGGGAGACAUAUUGUUUUUGCCCCAGUUGUUCGUCCGUCCGUCCGUCCGUCACAAAUGGUGUCCGCUCCAUAUCUCUCUUGCCACAACUGUUCAUCAUACUGAGACAAUUUAAAGAGCCUAUGCUACAAUCAGCACUGUUCAAGGUCAAAGUCUCACUUAAACUAAAAGGUCAUAUGACUAAAUUAUGACUUUAUUUCGUGUAGCUCCAUAUCUCUUGAAGCGCUUGAAAGGUUUUGAAAUAACUCGCAACAACUGUUGACCAUACUGAGACGAUGUAAAUAGCGCAUGUUACAAUCAGCUCGGGUCAAAGAAAGGUCUCGCUUAGAGCUCAAAGUUCAUUUGACUAAGAUAUGACUAUAUUUCGUGUUCACUCCACGUCUCUUGAACCGCUUUAAGACAAUGUGCAGAGCAAAUAUUAUAUA